AUGAAGAAACGAUCAAAUAUUUUAUUAUCAUUGUUUAUGAUUUUCCUACUGUUGCAAGAUGGUGUCUUUGCUUCUCAAACCACAAAUUGUAAUACAGAAAAAACUUUUUGUAUUACGAUUACACUUCCUUCAUCUUCAAGUGAUGUAGUGAAAUUUAAAAUGGUUGCACCUUCAACUGUUGGAUGGAUCGCAGUAGGUAUCGGCAGCUCUAUGAUCGGUAGCUACAUGGUGAUGGCAUGGCCAACUACCACAAAUACGGUGGCCAUUUCACAACGUAUCGCUUAUUCAUAUUCAAUCCCCGCUGUAACAACUUCACAAAGUGAUAUAACAGUAGAUACAUCAAGUGGUGUUAGCAAUGGACAAUUUAUUGUAUCCUUCAGUCGUCCAGCUACUGUUGUUAAUUCAACUGUAACUUCUUCAACUACUGCAUUUAUUUGGGGAAUGCAAUCUACUACACGUCCGGAAGAUAAUCCUUCUACUACGGUAAUUGCUAAACACGAUUCAAUCGGUCGUAUCACAUUGACGGGUGGUCUUUCAACUUAUGAUAAAUACAUUAUUUCACAUGGAUUAAUAAUGUUUUUGACUUGGGGAUUAAUUGUUCCUGGUGCAAUUUUUAUUGCUCGAUUUGCCAGAAAUGUUAUACCACAAGGAUGGUUCCGUUUACAUUGGGGUAUUCAACUUUUCUUGGCUGCACCUUUGCUUGUCAUUGGUUUAUUAUUGGCCAUUGGAGCAGGUGUCAAAUUUAAUCCAGGAAACACUCAUGAAAUGUUGGGAGUUAUUUUGAUUGGAUUAUUCUUUGGUCAACUUACACUUGGGUGGAUUCAUCAUAAACUUUAUGAUUCAUCCCGUAAAUAUAUUCCUUGGUGGACAAAACUUCACUGGUGGUGGGGUAGAAUAAUUGCACUUCUUGGGUUCGUUCAAAUUACUCUUGGGUUAGGAGAAUAUAAUGUUGGAAAGACAUUAGUAUUUCUCUUAUACACCUGGGUCAUUUUUAUCAUCGUGUCAUAUAUUGGAUUGGCAUAUUUUUAUGUUAACAAAAGAAGGUCUGAAAUCAAAGCUUUGGGAAGAUCGGAUAUUGUAUAUACUGGUGUAGGACCCGAUGAUGGAGAACACCUUGAAAGUCUUAUGACAUCUUCAUUCCAGUAA